GCAGGAAGAUGUCCGUUAAAAAAAAUAUAUAUAUACAGACCGGACUGUCUCAUAAUUAUGGCGAUAAACUAGCUGAUACAUUACCGUGAGAUUUCUUGCCGCAUUUUUGCUUUCAACUAACCGAUUCUCAUUUUCACCAGUAGAUGUCAAUGUGCAUGCAGUCUCUGAGCUGCCUGUCCUUUGUCAUCACUGUCCAGUUUGCAAACACGGAAGUGCAGCAGUAAAUUAAGUAUGCUUCCUAAUUUAUUGUUGUCGAGAAUAAUUCGCUAAGAUCAAAAAUUCAGUUGCUAUUUAAGGCUUCGUUUUUUGUUUUUUUUGACCGAAACAGUCGUAAUUAGGCAAAAUAUCUCAUUAUAACAUAUACUUUACACUUUUUUAUAUCUUAUAAGUGGCUAGCGCUUGCUAACAUUGGCUAGUUGGCUAGUUGAAUCAGGUAGCAGUGGAUCCGAUAUGGAACUUGCAACACAUGGAUCUUUAAAACAGAGGUUACAGUGGAUUAAGACACUUGUGCCCAAAUUCGAUCUCACUUCUGGGGCUCUGUUGGCUGUAUCUGUGUCUGUAAUUGUAUUCAUCGUGUCAAAGUGCUUUAAUCUAUCACUUGAUGUUCUUAGCCUGGGAACCAGUGUCGUCGUGAACGGUCAUGUUCACAAGCUCCUCACCUACUCGUUCUUCCACAAAGACGCGGUUCAGCUGCUGCUCGGCGCCUGCGUGCUAGUGCCCUUCGGCAGCAGCCUGGAGAGGAAUUUGGGGACGGUGCGCUUCGCGUACCUCUUACUGCUGCUCUCCGCAUGGACCGGCCUGAUGCACACGCUGCUGGAGCUGCUGCUGUUCCCGGCGGCAGAGCGCAGCUACGUGCAGGGCUUCAUCCCGGUAUCGCUCUCCCUCCUGGGAAUGACCACAGUGCAUUCCCACAUGCGGAAGGCGGUGCUGCUUGGCGUCAGCGUGCCCACCGCCGUUCUGCCCUGGAUCCUUCUACUUUUCACGGUCAUCAUUCCGGACACGGUGUUUCUCUGUAACGCCAUUGGCAUCCUCGUGGGAGAGAUCUAUGGCAUGGGAUGGUUUUCACUCUUGGACAUGUCAGAAGCCAGGGCAUCAGUUCUGGAUAAGAAAACGCCCUGCAGGCUGCUGAGGACGAUGGUGGGGUCACUGUACGUUCCUGCCUCUAGUGAAGAGAGACGGAAAACCCUGCCACAAACGUUUGCCCCACCUCCCGGGUCCUACCCUGUCCAGGCCUACGCCCCUGCAUCUUCAGUACCCUCUGCCCAGGCUAAGGCUGGCCCGCCCCUGGAGUAUGAGGGCUGGCAGCAUUCCACGUACACUCAGGGCGGCUUCACGCCACCCUUGUUCAACCAAGGGCACGGUCACGCACACGGCUGCGGACACGGUCACUCACACGGUCACGGUCACGGUCAUGGACACAUGCAAAUGGCCGCUCAUCAGACCAGUGGCUACUGGACACAAGGGACUCCCUUUGGCCAACCCUACCCAGGCUCUUAUUCUGUGCAGGCUGGUGGAUAUAGUCCUGCUCCAACGCUCCCUUCUGGGUUACCAGAGAGUCUCCAAGACCCGUUACCGAUGCCCGGGACGGUUCCCAGUUGAGCCUCUUCAUCACGGGCAUGAGGGAGCUGGCUGUCUUGCUGGACGUUAGGGGUUGGUACGGAGAGGUGUACCUGCUUCUAGAUUCAAUCCUCUCACGCUCUAAAUCUUUCUAAGUUAUUCCAGCCAUUUUUUUUUGACAUUUUAGGUACAUUUUUUCAUAAAUUUAUGAAUGACAGCUGAAGACUGCUAUUGUGACUGCACUUGAAACAUAUUACUGUGGCCUAGUGUACAGAUGAACAAUGGGUGGUGUGUUUAGCUUAAUAGCUAACUCUGCCCUCCAGGAUUGGGAAUGUCCAUCCCUGCUGUGCGCAGUGAUGUGUUGUCAAGGAGACUAAACUAUGAGCUAGUGUUAGGUGGGAUCACCGGGCAGUGGGCAGGUUAUUUUCUGUGGUUUGGUAGGAAUAUGAUGAGGUCAGCUUGCUCACUCCAAGGCUGGGCAUGCCUUACUGUAAUAAAGUUUUCAAAGAGCUUAAUUUAUUUUGGCCCAUGGGCCACUGAGGCAGGGCCAAGGUUUUUGGGACCUGGCAUUUCUAGAUUGAUGUUUUAAGCCUUGAUGCCAGAUUAUCAAGUACUUUCCACUUUCGGUCAUCCGUGUAAGAGAGGGCUGGAGGAGUUAGGGUCAUGGAAAGGUUCUAACUCUUCACCUCCCUUUUAAUUUUUCAUCAUCAUUUAACAUUUUGUUUUGACAAUCCACCCCUUGUUUUUCCUCUGGGAAUGAAAACAGUGCCUCUUGAGUCACAAAAAUGGAUGUUUUUUUUUGUGGGACCCUGACCAACUUAAAUCUACCCUACCCCUGAUGCUGGCCUUUGGCCUGGGAUCCCCGCCAUGGCUACGAAGUAAGAUAGUCACAGCUUGGAGCUGCAGGGAUAGGGCCCGGUCUGCACUCCAGUUCAAAUGAACUUACUUUCGCACUGAAAAUAUACAUGGUUUACUGUACUGAAAAUGACAAACAUACAUUAAAAUUGACUUUUUUUAAAACUUAAGGAAAAAAAACAUUUUAGAGAAUUGUUUUUAUUUGUUUUGAAAAUGUAUUAUUACUUACAGAAUUGCUCCUGUACAUGAUUGCAGCACUUCAGUAUCUGGAGAAAUGUGCAGUACUCCAAUUAAUGAAAGAAGGGGAGUGUAGUUUCCACUAUCCCAGGUGCAAAGGUUGAUUUGGAUUUUCAAUUUGCAAGCACUUGUUUAAAUACAGUAUGCAGUAUUGGGUUUGCUUAUACUUUGCAGACGAGUUACACUGGGCUUGGCUUGCUCAGAAUUUGGCUGGGAGACUGCAUGCUGCUGUUGGAAACUCUUUUAAUGAACCACUAGGUGGGCCCCUUCCCUCUGGUAAAAUGUAAGCCAAUGGCCUAGUGCAGUAUUGGGGGACUGUAACUUUUAACUUAUUCUUUCAAACGAGGUGGCAAGGAGGUUUUGAUUCUUUGACGUCAUUAAAGAUGGCAUAAUAGUUGGUGAAAGGGCAGGGGUGUUACCCAUAAUAAAGUCCUGGUUAAAUUUUCAAGCUAGGUACUUAUACUAUACUCUAUACUUAGCUGUAAGAAAGUAUCCAUGCAGUUAAACUGGCUAUACAAUCCCUUGCAUUCCUUACCCAUGUUGUCACCCCAGACCACAACAGCAAAGGAUAACCAAGUUCUCAUGCAAACCUCUGAAAAGGCCAAAUUGGAUGCUUGUCAAAAGGUUCAAUUAAAACACGUACACUAGAUAUAAUCCCUGAACAGGUGGUUCCAAUCCAGUCAAUCUGACUGAAAUUUAACACCAACUGGCUGAAGUGUUAAAAACAGUGUUUGUUGCCAAGUAGGAGCUGAAGCAAAUUAUUUUGAAACAUAACAUAAUGAAACAUUUUGUGAUUCUGUAUUGUACUUCACUGGAGGCCCUGGCUCAAAGCAGGUCAAGGACCACUCUAGACAUUCAACACUGAAGGCCUUCAUAUCAAAGGCUAAUGCCAUAAAAACAGACCUUCACACUUACAGAUAACUGGAGUCUGGGAUUACUCAUUUAGCAACAGCACAACUCUAGUUUAUCCCCUGUGCGUUUGCUUCCAGUCCAGAGGAAGGUCUGUGAGUGUGACCUCAUUCACCCUAGACCAGGAGU